CGAAUCCCUGCAGAAGCGGGUCCCGUGUGUGUGUGUGUGUGUGUGUGUGAUUCUCUGUGUAUUUUUAACUGCAUCGGGAAAGGUCCUGGGAGCAACGAAGGGUUAAGUUUCCUCCGUCAUCCUCCUCUUGUUUUCCGCUCCCCUCCUGCAGCCUCGUACGCAAGCAGGAAUUGACUGCCACUACCAGCAGAGAGCUUUCCAAGUUUUCCAUGAGGUGUCCUCAGCUCUUUAAAUAAAACACGCACUGUGCCUCCCUCGGCUUCUCUCCUUGCGGAGAGAGGAGGCCGACGCUGGAGCCGUGAAUUUUCCUGCUGCCACCUGCCGGCCGCCUCUCCGGGCAAUCCCGGCUCUCCGCUUGCUCUUCUGCACAGAACCAUUGGAAACAAACGGGGCUGCUCCAGAGUUAAAGUAACAGGGUGGAAUUCCGGUGAUGGCAGGAGAAGGAGGGUUAAAAUCAAAAACCGGCAGCCUGCUGCCAAAUGAUUGACUCUCUCUAAAGCAGGAGUCCCCAAACUCAGCAACUUUUAAGACUUGUGAACUUUAAUUCCCAGAAUCCCCAGCCAGCAAGCUUAACUUAAGAUAUGUGGACUGGCUGGGGAAUUCUGGAAGUUAAAGUCCGCAAGUCUUAAAAAUUGCCGAGUUUGGAGAUUCCCUGCUUUAGAGCAGUGUUUCCAGGCUUUCACAACUAAGGUAUGUGGACUUCAACUCCCAGAAUGCCCCAGCCAGCCUACCCAUCUGAAAGUUAUCAAAGUUAAGCAUGCUUGCUGGGGCAUUCUGGGAGUUGAAGUCCACACAUCUUAAACGUUGCCAAGGCUGGGAAACGUUGCUCUAAAGAGCCUUUUGCUCACUGACCCCCUGCUUGUAGCCUUCUGCUUUUCUCCUGCUUUUCGCCUAAAUGUAGUUAAGCCCCGUUUGAAGUUGCAUGCUUCUCCUUAAAAUAUAGUUACUAGCCAAAGUGCCUCUGGUUAAACUCUUAGGUUGCCAGAUGGACUUCCCUGAUAACCCCUUACAAUCUACAUUGUAACAUAGUGCAGAUAAUAAUAGAGAAAGGAGAAGAAAAGGAACAUAAGUAGGUGGGUAGAAUUUGUUUGUUUUUAACUUGGAGUCCGAGUCUGGGGCCAAUGCAGUGGAACCACGUGUUGCUAGCCGUCCCUACAUUCCCUUCCUUGGGCUUGUCUGUUCUGGCUUGCAAACCCUGCUUCAGCAAUAACCUGUGGUGAGAAUUGCUCUUUUCCAAGUCAGGAAAAUAGUCUCAUAAAGUAUUUAUUUUUAACCUCCGCUGGGCUUGCAACGAGGCUGGUGUAGCCUAGCGUGACUUUUAGCUGUGUAGGGGACUAGUUCUUACAGGGAAGAGGAUUUUGUUGAUGGCCUCGUGCUAAUCUGGAGAGAAAGUAGCCAGGAAGAAGAGGCUGUGUGUGUGAUUGUUUGGAGACCCUUUGUAAUAUCUUUUCUCUCUGGGAGUGUGUGCCAAGUUGAAAGAGUCACCGUUUCCAGCUUGGCUUAGGAUGUGAGUAAGCUCUUCGCAGGUCCCAGAACAUGACUGCAGUCUUGCAAAAUAUCUGUGAAUAAAGUAUGAGAGGCUUUAAUCCUCUUCUUCCUUGCCUUACAUGUUUGCUGUGCUUUAAAAUUUCAGUUCGGUUGCCUUUGUUUGACUCACUGCUAGGCAAUUGCUUUGAUGGCUUUUAAUAGCUCUCUUCCCUCCCUACACAUCUCCCCUUCAGUUUCCCUUCACACUCUGGAGAAGGGGGGGGGGAGCAUUACUGUACAUACAUGCUGAUAGGGAAUUGUUGGCCAACCUUUACAAACAGGUGUGCAACGUCUGCUCGGAUCCAGGGCUGUCGUUUUCCUCCUCAAGUGCAAAAAAGCAGGAAUUGCAGAUAUCACAGGUGCGAUGUUUGAGCGGUGUCUGGAGAGAUGUACCCAGGACAAACGCAGUACACCAGAGCUGCUUUGCCAGAUUAGAUCAGGGUCUUCCCUCUCAAACACUACCAGGACAAAAUCAAGCCUUACAUCCAGUUACCAUCACACAGAAACAUCACUGGGAUUGUGGAGGUCAUCCUCGGAGACACAAAGGCGUACGUCUUCUUUGACAAGGACUUUGGUGACAUGCAUUCCUACGUUAGGAGCUGCAAGCGUCUGCCGGAGCAGGAAGCCGCUAGACUCUUCAAACAGAUUGUCUCUGCAGUCGCUCACUGCCACCAGUCGGCCAUUGUGCUAGGGGAUCUCAAACUCAGGAAAUUUGUGUUUUCUAAUGAAGAAAGGAGGCAGCUGAGACUCGAAAGCCUGGAAGAUACUCACAUCAUGAAAGGAGAGGAUGAUGCGUUGUCGGACAAACACGGCUGUCCAGCGUACGUUAGUCCAGAAAUUUUAAACACAACGGGAACCUAUUCCGGGAAGUCGGCUGACGUUUGGAGCUUGGGAGUUAUGCUUUACACUCUCCUGGUGGGACGGUAUCCCUUUCAUGACUCGGAUCCUACUGCCCUCUUUUCCAAAAUCCGGCGUGGACAGUUCUGCAUCCCUGACCAGGUCUCUCCUAAAGCACGGUGCCUCAUCCGCAGCCUCCUUAGGCGAGAACCCUCUGAAAGACUCACUGCUCCGGAAAUUUUGCUCCACCCUUGGUUUGAUGCCGUUUUGGAAUCUGGGUACGCUGACCAGGAUGUACGGAUCUCUGAUCAAGUGGUCCCGGAGCAACUGAAGGAGGACGAUGAUAUGAGCCUUUUCUUUUGCUAGCUCCACCUACUCACUUUUGCCUCGGGGACAAGAGACAUGGCUCUUGCAGUUCAGCAUUUUGUGUCCAUUUUGUGUCGGUACACGUGUGUGUCCAUCUUGUAAAUCCAUCGCUUUCCAAAAGCCUUCCUCUGCUCAGGACAAUUUUGAUCUCAAAUGCACUUAUCCCACAGGUGGAUGGUCUCUAUCUUCUCCCAUGUCCACAAAAGCUUCCAGAAAGGUUGCGAUCUUGGCUUGCUCAAUCUAAGGAUUCUCCCUUUGGGAUUGGGACGGGGGGGGGGGUUGCCAUCUGGCAUAAGCAUGCUGAACUUUUGAACUAGAAUCUGGGGGAAAACUAAUGUUGAAUUUCAUUGAGAAAACCAGAUGGCUUUAUCUGGAAUUUGCAAUACAGGUGGUGGUCCUCGACUUAACAGCCAUUCGUUUAGCGACUGUUCAAAGUUACAACAGCACGGGAAAAAAGUAACAAAUGACCAGUUCUCGCACUUACGACCGUUGCGGCAUCCCCACGAUCACAUGGUCAAAAUUUGGGCGCUUGACAAUCGGCACGUAUUUACGAUGGUGGCAGCCUCCUGGGGUCAUGUGGUCACUAUCUGUGAACUUCCCAGCCAACUUCCAACACGCAAAGUCAAUGGGGGAAGCGGGAGUUGCUUAACAACUGCAGUGGUUCACUUAACCAGCAUGGCAAGAAAGAUUGAAAAAUGGGGUGUGGCUAACUUAACAACUGCCUUGCUUAGCAAUGGGCUCAGCUGUGGUCGUAAGUGGAGGACUGCCUGUAUAUGUUCUGCAGCCUCUUGUCAAUGUCCUUCUUUUCUUUGUCUUAAUACAAGAGAGCUCUGAGCUCCCUGGGCUUACUCAGAUCCACAUGGCCUGCCUUUGCUGCCCAGUUUACUGUUACAGCAAUGGUACAAAUGCCAGAGGAUUCUCCUGUCUCUCUUCCAUCAUGGAGAUGACAGGACCGCCAGCUGGCCUUUGAUUACAGAAUCUUUUUGCUGGUGAUGUAAGAGCGAAAUGCAGUGGUGGUUCUUAUGAAGCCUGGCAGGACAGUGCUGGAACGACGGGUUGGCACAUUUUUUUUUUU